UUGUUAAUCGUACAAGGGUAUAUAAUAAACAUACAAAUCAAUGAUAAUCGUGCCAUUAUAUAAUUCGGAAAAGUUAACGCACUGUAGUGUAUAUAUAAAUAAUAAUUAUUAAUUAUAUAUUUUUAUCAUGGCUUUGCUUUUUUAAAAUUACUCGCGUUGUUUCAAACUCAACGGCGAAGUUCUUUCAGCGGCGAAACAGUGUUACCGUAAGUGAUACUAUUUUCGCCGCAAAUUGGAUUUCUCCGUCAGCCAGCAUUGUUCACACCAACUCAGUGAAUUUCUAAAAAAAAAGGACAUUUGGCGGAUAAUGUUUUUAAAUGACCUGGGACAGCCCCUUAUAUUGGAGCCUGGAAAGAAAUAUGGUCCCUUUGAGGAGUGGAGCACUGCUCCUGUCGUCUGUCGCCUUUAAAGAUCAUGUUGUUCCUGAAAAAUGGUCUAAAGUCGUCGUUGGAUCGGAGGCGGAUCUCUGUUGUCUGAGACUGCAGAAUACUUUUAAAAGCUCCAAAUUUGCGAACUGCACAUUGAAAACGUUGAGGCCCAAUAAGCCCACGAAAAUAGAGCAUGGUGAAACCGAGAUCACAGUCACCUUGAUACCAGUGGGAAAAAGCAAAGAUGCCUUGGAAAUGCACCUAUACUACAUAGAGAAUGGCCACACGAGAGCUCUCAUUGUAGACCGCCUUUCAGGCGUCUUGGACUUCCUGCCCAAAGGCAAUUUAUCCUUUCAUCGGGGCCUUGGCCAGGGAAUCGAUGUAAUGUAUGUAGACGAAGGACUUCUGGAUGGAGCGCCAUUAAAUGAGGAUCUUUACGCUCUCGCUCACCUGAUAAGACCGAAGCACAUCUACGGACUGCGGCAGAAAGAGUUGCCCAAGUGGCUGCUUGAUCUCUGCCAGCAGAAAGAUCUCUACAAGCCGAUUAAAUAAAAGCCGAGAGUGUUGUAGAAAAUUAUGCAUUUAAAACGAAAGACCUGGUAACAGUCAAAUAAAAUCUACCUAAGA